AUGCCGUUCUGCGGUUGUUGGUUUCCUAUCAAGAAUGGCUACCGCGUUGAGAAGCAGUAUCUCCCUCGCAUCGAAUUGAAAUCUUACACCAAGAUCCUGUCAACGACCUCGCGCACCGAACUACAGCAAACUUUUCUUAACACCACCGAAGGCAAGCUUGACGAGGUCCAGUACACAUUCCCACUCUAUGAUGGUGUCUCAGUCGUUAGCUUCAAGUGCACUAUCGGUAAGAAGACCGUGGUUGGCGUCGUGAAAGAGAAGCAGCAGGCUCGUGCCGACUUCAAGGAGGCCGUCGACCGCGGCGAAACGGCCGGUCUUCUGGAACAGAUUCCAGAGGCUGGCGAUGUCUUCACCACCACCAUUGGAAACGUCCCGGCCAACGAGCGGAUCUAUGUCCAGAUCGUCUAUCUUGGCGAACUGAAGCAUGAUGCUGAGACGGAUGGAUCACGUUUCACCAUUCCAACCAUCAUUGGCCCUCGUUAUGGCUCUGCGUCAUCCGAGACCUCCAAGGCCAUCAACACUGUCGGAGCAGAUGAUAGCAACGGCAUUAACAUCUCGGUCGAUAUUGAACUCGACAAAGCAUCCAUCAUCCGGACCCUACAGUCCCCGAGCCACCCCAUUGCCGUGACCAUGGGUCGAACUUCGAUCAUGGAGGAAGACGCCUUCGAUAACUGCCGUGCUUCUGCAACCCUAGCACUUGAGUCAGCGGAGCUUGGGAAGGACUUCGUGAUUGUGUUCGUCUCGAAGGACCAAGGAACACCCCAAGCGCUGCUCGAAACCCAUUCCACCAUUCCGAACCAGCGUGCCAUCAUGGCUACCCUUGUUCCCAAGUUCAACAUCCCCAACAUCGUCCCAGAAAUCGUCUUCGUCGUCGAUCGUAGCGGCAGCAUGAAUAGCGAUAUUCCCAUCGUCAUCUCUGCACUAAAGAUCUUUCUCAAAUCCCUCCCAGUCAAUGGCAUCAAGUUCAACAUCUGCAGCUUCGGCACCACUUACAGCUUCCUCUUCGACCGCAGCCGCGACUACAACCAAUCAAGUCUUGAUGAGGCCCUCAAACACGUUGGCACCUUCGAUGCCAACUACGGUGGAACCAAAAUACUGGAGCCUAUUAAGCGGACUUGCGAGCAGCGAUACAAAGACAUGCCCCUCGAAGUGAUGCUCCUGACUGAUGGCCAGAUCAACAACCAGCAAGCGCUGUUCGACUUCAUCAACGAGCAGCAGAACGUUCGCUUCUUCUCACUCGGCAUUGGCUCUGGUGCAUCAUCUUCGCUGGUGGAGGGCAUCGCUCGCGCCGGCAACGGCUUUGCACAGUUCGUCGACAGCAACGAGAAGAUGGACAAGCGAGUCGUACGUAUGCUCAAGGCGGCGCUUACCCCUCAUGUCACUGAUUAUCGCCUCUCUGUUCAAUACUCCGAGGAGCAUGACGAAGGGUUUGAGGUUAUCGAGUCUUCGUCUACCACCACCGAGAAGACUGUGACCGCUGAACCCUUCGAGAAGAAGCCCAUCUCGCUCUUCGACCCCACUGCUAAGGAGCAAGACGCGCCCACCAAGUCACAUGCCUCCCGGUAUGAAGGUGUUCCUGCAGUGUCCGUGCCUGACACCUUGCAAGCACCGCACACGAUUCCGCCACUCUACCCCUUCAACCGUACCAGCGUGUACUUGCUCCUGUCUCAAUCUACCAUCAAUUCGAACCCUGUCUCACUCACCUUGCGAGGUACUUCACCGUCUGGCCCGCUUGAGCUCAACGUCCCAAUACAAACUCUUGACACCCCUGGCGAAACGAUUCACCAACUUGCUGCCAAGAAGGCCGUGCAGGAGCUUGAACAAGGCCGUGGCUGGCUGACCACCCUCAAGUCUGACUCCGGACAAUCCCUCAAAGAGCAACACGAGGGCCGCUGGGAUCUCAUUGUUGAGCGCGAGUGCGUCCGCCUCGGCACACAAUUCCAGGUUGCGGGCAAGUACACUUCCUUCGUCGCCGUGGAGAAGAAGGCAAAAGGAGAGGAGGCCGAGGGCGACUCGCAGCAGGAGGACUUUGUCCAGGUCAUGCCCGAGCGCCCAAGAACCAACGUCGACCUUCAUAGCGGUGCCAGAUACGCCAACAUGGCUUUCGCCAAUGCCCGUUCUGCUGCUGCGCCGCGCUUACAGAAAGCCUCGCAAGCGUCAGCGGGUCUGUUCGGCGGCAGCAGCAGCAGCAGCAACACGACCACUGGUGGCGGCGCCUCUUUGUUCGGCAGUAGCCAACCAAUUUAUGCCGCCAUGGCCUCGCCCCCGCUCCCGCCUCCGCCCGCGCCCGCGCAAUCGGCUAGUAGUGCCUUCGGCAGUGUUCAGAACUUCGGUGCGCCGCCCGCCGCCCCGCUCGCUUCACAGACCAGUAGCCUAUUCGGCAGCAUGAACUCCUUUGCGUCCAACUCUGGAAAGAAGAAAAAGCGCGCUGCGAGAGUUGGUAUUAGUGGUGGCAGCAGCAGCGAGGGGAUGAUGUAUGCCGAUUUCGCCGGGGCCCAGGCCGAGGAGGCGAAGGUGUCGGACCCAAUUGACGAGGAGGUGUCGGACCCAAGCGACAACGAAGACGAGAUGCAUCGCCUGAUCGGAAUGCAGAACUUUGAUGGUUCCUGGGCCAACACCGAGGCGCUGUGGAGGCUGCUCGGCAUCGAAGAAUCUCAGGUGGCCGCUGCGCAGAGCAGCUUGGCAGACGAAGUGGCGGCGACGACAGCGGCGGUGGCGUGGUUGGAGGCCAAGAAGCAGGGCGACGAGGAAGUGUGGGAGAUGGUGGUUGAGAAGGCUAAGGCUUGGUUGCUCGGGAAGGGGGUUGAUGAAGAUGUGCUUGGGAAGGUGAAGGCUCUGUUCUGA